UAGUUUGAUCGCACUUUGGCCCCGAAGGAUCGAUGAUUUUUCGGAAGCACCUUGCAAAACUGAGGAAACGGCAAAAAGUCGUCUGAUAGAAGUCCUCGUGUCUUCAAACAUCAACCAUAUUGUCACCAUGACACGAAAACUGCUGCUAUCCUUGCUUCUUCUCACUACAUUUCUGCUUGGCGCUGUCUUGGCUGCCCCGUCUCAGAGCAGUAGCAGCGACGAUGAUGACGACUCGGUCGAUGAAGUAGUGGAGCGGGACGGAGAAGCCAUGGAGCCCGUGUUUCAGCAGGCUGCGGCAGGUGGUGGCAAGGUCAAGGUUCAGUUUUAUGGCGAAUCGCAGUGUCCCUUUUGCCGCAAGUUUGUGACUGAGACGUGGAAUGACAUUUGGAGUGACAAUGACUUGAAAGCACUAAUCGACUACGAAUAUGUACCAUGGGGUAAUUCCUAUUUUGCCACGGAAGCCUGUGGGAAGGGUCCCUACAGUCCAGGAGAACGAGCCUGUUUCUAUGAUCAUUGCAUCUACAAGCUACGCACGUUUGGAGCAGAUGAUCUUACCACAGAUGAUGAUUGUUUCAAGGGAGAUGUCGUCUAUCAGCAUUCCGAAAAGGAAGGACAGGUGGAUAUCUAUGAAUCCUGCAUUAUCCAGAAUGACGGUGUGGACAAGGCGGUGGCAUUUACGUACUGUGCCGAAGGAGACUUGAUGGACAAUACGGAAAUGUCGGCCCACGAAUUGCUGAUGGAAUGUGCCGCCGAUGCCGACAUUGACGUGGCUGCCACGCAAAGUUGCGCGGAUGGACAAGGACGCGAUAUCGAAAUUGCCAAUGCCAAAAAGACACCCGCCCAUCCCGGAGUCCCCUAUGUGUUGGUGGAAGGAAUCGCCGUCCCCGAUGCCAAUGGUCAAACCAAAUUGUUCCUGUGUCAAAAGUUGGCCGAAAAAGGACAUCAUCCCAGUGCCUGUAGUAGCAACCACAGUGAUCGUUUGCUAGAGCAUGGCACUGCUGGGGCGGACAAGUUGUGGUGGAAACAAGCGACUUGGUGAGGAGCGAAUUUGAUGGACAUUGGCCGAACAUGGACAUGGCAGCAUUUUGGAGUUCGUUGAUUGAUUUGCUUCUAAACAAGAAUGGCCUGCUCUGUUGCAUCAUGGUGAUACUAUGUAGGAGACAAUUCGUUCAGUUUGCUGUUGCUAGAUUCACGUCUCCAUUCCUUGGACAGGUUCUUUACUGGUAGUCGAGCAACAAUAGACUAGUACUAGCCAGCUACAAUUCACCAAAUCUACAGUUGUAUACCUUAAACAAUCUGCUACCUCGCAACCUACGGUAUUGAUCAUGAUCCACAUUUGCUAUCCUAGUAGGUUGCAGUUGUUGUUGUUUCUUCAUUCAUUCAUCCAUUCAAUUCAUUCACUCCUCUGGCACCACAGAUAUCUUGAUAGCACCCUUGAUAUCUUUGGCCAGUGCAAUUUGUGCUCCAAAGUCUCCUAGUAUCUUGAUAUCUUGUCGCAUCUUUUUGCCAUUUUCAUCCGUCACAGCCACCACCUUGACGGCCUUGCUUUUCAAGAAAUCGGCAUGACUGGGAUCCGAUUUUUGCAAUUCUCGCAGAAUGACCUUGCCGCCAAUUCCACCAAACAAGUGGCCCUCGGGUCCUGCCUUGCGUUUGAUUUGCAACACUUGCGCUUCCAACCAUUCCUUGACGGCCAUAGCUUCCGCCUUUUCUUCAGCUUCGGCGGCGGCUUUUUCCGAUUCUUCUUCGGCCACUUCCUCGUCACUAAUUAUUUGGGCGGAUUUCGUUGGUCGCAGUUUGUUUUGGAAAAAGGCCGGUGUCACCAUUAUCACGGCGCCUCGUUGGCCCGUUCCGGGAACGUCCUUGAGCAUUUUCACUUGAAUCUUUUUGGUGGCGGCACCUCCUCCCCCUUUCUUUUUGGCCAUGGCAAGGGCUGUGGGAGGGGAAGUUUGGGAUUGUGAGAGUAAAAAGGCUGUUGUUGGACAUGCCAAGCACAUCCAGCAUAGGACAAACAGCAGCGUUGUUGUAUUCCUCUUCAUUGUUUUCGUUUGGGAGUCCCAGGGGUUGAGAGAUUGUAAUGAGGUUGGGUGUCCGGUAUGGAUAAGGGUGAAUGGAGGAUAGAGGAUGGAGAGGGUGUGGUGUGCCGUUGAUCGAUGGCUGAAAGAUACCGGCCGAUUUUGAUCAUUCUAAGUCAGCAGGCUGUGAAUGUCAACAGGCAAAAAGAUCCAAAAAGAUCCAAACC